AUGUCCCUAAUACGAUCGCACAGCCACUGGCCUAGAGGCAUCCCCGCCUUUAUUCGCCGACACGAAGAGCCCGUGGCCCCGGCGAAUUUUGAUGCCGCCUCUCGUGCAUGGAGGCAUUUUGUUCGUGACCAGUGGGUCGGCGGCAACGCAGCGGAUCAACAGAAACAAGCUUUGAUCGAACGGUGGGCAACAGCAGACCAACAAUUUCGCGAUAGCUAUCAAUCCCGAGCACUAGAGGACGAGCCUAGUGUCGCGCGACCCAACUUCCUUGAUAUGCAUAUGGCGCUCGAUGGAACGGUGUUUUUCCGGGACUGCUAUGCCAAGCUCAUUAUCGAUGACCGGACCCUUGAGACCGGACUGGGGCUUUGGGUUGAAUUCUCAACGAACGGUAUCUACACGAAAGCCUACCGGGCUCAAAUGAUGAUGGAGGAAUUCGCCCACUUUUAUUGUGAAAUCGGUCCGGGAAAUCAGGUCCCAAUAGAGCAGGCGCUAAUUUACAUCGAGUCACGGGUAAUAUACCAAGACCGCGAUAAAAAUGUAGAUCCAAGAGAGAUCUUGGAGGAUGAGCCAGUCGAUAUGCGACGGCCCCUCGUGGAAAUCUACCGAGGGGAUGAGGUCGAUCUAGUAGAUGAUUAUGCGCCAGGCUUUCGCGAGGCGGAGGAGCAGGGUAACGGCUUAGCGAUCGGAUAUGAUUUGGAACAGAUACUUGCGAACGAUGGAAAUCCCCUGACUAUCACAGAUCAUGGAAGUGAUCAUUAG